AUGCUCUGCAACAAGGCCAUGGCGUUCUCGGACGUCCAGCGUUUGUACCACCACGACGUGAGUGUCGUCUGGCGCUUCUGCGCGGCGCAGACACAUAAUCCGUCGCCCUCUCUGCAGCGCUUUCUCCAGCGUCUGCGCCGCCUCGUCCUUAUGUUUAGCCUUGCGUCGCCCGCGGCCGCCGAAGACCACCCCGCCGUGCCGCGCCUGCACGCGUUUCUGCUGCGCUACGUUUGCUUCAACCAGGGUCACGAAGAUAAGUAA